ACCACUACCCCCACUUCCCUCCACGCCGGAGGUGAUUAGGGGACGCUGAACUAUCCCAAAGACGCCGCUUUGGACACUCCCUGUGGCCGGAGGACGCCGCGCUCUGAAGUCCAUCAGGAGCUCUAUUGAAAAGUACCGAGAUCCCACGUUUGAGUUCGGAGAUUUCCACUUUCACGCAGCCGGGACGGGCUGAUAGACGCUCCGGUUUUGAGGAAUCAUCUUCACGGUGCUACUUUCUCCCCCAGUGGACUGGAAGAGUGUAAGCAACUUUUGAAGAGUUAAUAGUGGGAGACCAACAUCCAAAAUGGAGGUGAAAACAUCACUUCUAGACAACAUGAUUGGGGUGGGUGACAUGGUCCUCCUGGAACCCUUGACCGAAGACUCCUUCCUAGAGAACCUGAGGAAGCGCUUUGACCACAAUGAGAUAUAUACUUACAUUGGCAGUGUGGUGAUCUCCGUGAACCCCUACAGGUCACUGCCCAUCUACAGCCCCGAAAAAGUGGAAGAGUAUCGCAACAGAAACUUCUAUGAACUUAGUCCACACAUUUAUGCUUUGGCUGAUGAGGCCUACAGGUCGCUAAGAGACCAGGACAAGGACCAGUGUAUCCUCAUCACAGGGGAGAGUGGGGCAGGGAAAACCGAGGCCAGUAAGCUGGUGAUGUCAUAUGUGGCAGCGGUGUGUGGGAAGGGACAAGAGGUAAAUAAGGUCAAGGAACAGCUACUGCAGUCCAAUCCUGUGCUGGAAGCCUUCGGAAAUGCUAAGACUGUGAGGAAUGACAACUCAUCCAGAUUUGGAAAGUACAUGGACAUUGAGUUUGACUUCAAAGGAGAUCCUCUUGGUGGAGUCAUUAGCAACUAUCUGCUGGAGAAGUCCCGUGUGGUAAAACAGCCAAGAGGAGAGAGGAACUUCCACAUCUUUUAUCAGCUUUUGUCUGGCGCCUCUGAUGACACUCUCAAGAAACUGAAACUUGACCGGGACUUCAGCAAGUACAACUACUUGAGCCUUGAUUCUGCCGUGGUAAACGGGUUGGAUGACGCCACCAGCUUUAGAACAGUCAAAAAUGCAAUGCAGAUUGUGGGCUUCAUGGAAGAUGAGGUACAGUCGGUGCUGGAACUGGUGGCAGCUGUCCUAAAGCUCGGCAACAUUGAGUUCAAGCCCGAGUCGCGAUUAAACGGCACGGAUGAGAGUCGAGUCAAAGAUAAAAAUGAUUUAAAAGAGAUGUGCGAGCUGCUGGGGAUCGAACAGACUGUUCUAGAAAGGGCGUUCAGCUACCGAACGGUGGAGGCAAAAGUGGAGAAGGUGUCAACUACCUUGAACGUGGCCCAGGCCUACUAUGCCCGAGAUGCCCUUGCCAAAAAUCUCUACAGCCGUCUGUUUAGCUGGCUUGUUACUAGAAUCAAUGAAAGCAUAAAAGCACAAACCAAAACCCGCCACAAGGUCAUGGGAGUGCUGGACAUAUACGGCUUUGAGAUAUUCGAGGACAACAGCUUUGAACAGUUCAUUAUCAAUUACUGCAAUGAGAAGCUGCAGCAGAUCUUCAUUGAACUGACUCUGCGUGAGGAGCAGGAAGAGUACGUCAGAGAGGGCAUCGAGUGGACCAACAUUGAAUAUUUCAACAAUGCCAUUAUCUGUGACCUCAUUGAGAAUAACCAAAACGGCAUCAUGGCGAUGUUGGAUGAGGAGUGCCUUCGCCCCGGAACGGUGACGGACGAGACUUUUCUUGACAAACUCAACACAGUUUGUGCCGAGCACCAACACUUUGAGAGCCGUCUCAGCAAAAAUUCAAAGUUCCUCAACGACCACAGCUUGCCUCACAGCUGCUUCCGCAUCCAGCACUAUGCCGGCAAGGUGCUGUACUGUGUUGAAGGCUUUGUGGACAAGAACAACGACCUACUGUAUCGGGACUUGUCACAAGCCAUGUAUAAGGCCAGCCACAGUCUCAUCAAACUGCUGUUCCCUGAGGGCAACCCUGCCAAAGUCAACCUCAAACGACCGCCCACUGCUGGCUUCCAGUUCAAAGCAUCAGUGGGCACUUUAAUGAGGAACCUUCAGACCAAGAAUCCCAACUACAUUCGGUGCAUAAAGCCAAAUGAUAAGAAGGCAGCCCACAUUUUUACAGAAUCACUGGUUUGCCAUCAAGUUAACUACUUGGGCUUGAUGGAGAAUGUGCGUGUGCGAAGAGCCGGUUACGCUUUCCGCCAGGCAUACGAGCCUUGCCUGGAGCGCUACAAAAUGCUCUGCAAACGGACUUGGCCACAUUGGAGAGCACCCGCCAGGGAGGGAGUCGAAGUGCUUAUGGCAGAUCUUCAGGUCCCCACUGAAGAAUUCUCCUAUGGCCGCUCGAAAAUCUUCAUUAGGAAUCCUCGAACGCUAUUCUUCUUAGAAGAAAGGAGGAGGCAAUGCCUGGAAGACCUGGCUACGCUCAUUCAGAAAAUCUACCGUGGCUGGAAGUGCCGCACACAUUUCUUGUUGCUGAAAAAGAGUCAGAUCGUGAUUGCGGCGUGGUACCGUCGCUAUGCGCAACAAAAGAAAUACCAUAAGAUCAAGAGUGCCACCACUAUUGUGCAGUCGUAUACUCGUGGAUGGCAGGCUCGCAAACUGUUGAGAGAGCUGAAACAUCAGAAGAGGUGUGAGGAGGCGGCGACCACCAUUGCAGCUUACUGGCAUGGCACUCAGGCUCGAAUGGAGCUGCGACGUCUAAAACAAGAAGUGCGGAAUAAACAUGCAGUGACAGUAAUUUGGGCAUACUGGCAGGGAACCAAGGCACGAAGGGAGUUGCGUCAGCUGAAGGAAGAGGCGAGGAAUAAACGCGCCGUGUCGGUCAUUUGGGCCGGCUGGCAGGGCACCAAGGCUCGCAGGGAGCUGAGGAGACUGAAGGAAGAGGCCAGGCGUAAGCACGCCGUCGCUGUGAUUUGGGCCUGCUGGCAGGGACUAAAGGUCCGUAGGGAAUACAGAAAAUUCUUCAGGGCAAAUGCAGGGAAAAAGAUAUACAACUUCACCAUUCAGAGAAUUAUGCAGAAAUACUUCUUUGGUCUCAAGAAAACUCUCCCUUCAAUGUCACCCAUUGACAAGAACUGGCCUGCCCGGCCUUAUCGCUUCUUGGAUGGAGCCCACACAGAACUGAAGAGACUUUUCCAUCUUUGGAGGUGCAAGAAAUACAGGAGCCAGUUCACUGAGGAGAAGAAGGCCGUGUAUGAAGAGAAGCUGGAGGCAAGUGAGCUUUUCAAGGAUAAAAAGUCUCUCUACCCUAGCAGCGUGAGCCAACCCUUCAAAGGAGACUACCUGGAGAUCAGCAAGAACCCCAAGUACCAGAAACUCAAUAGUUCAGUUGAGGAAAAGGUUCUUCUGGCGGAUGUGGUCAACAAGAUUAACAGAGCCAAUGGCAAAGGCGCGACUCGCAUCCUCCUGCUGACCAAGAAGAACGUAGUACUGGCAGACCAGAAAACAGGCCAAGUCAAGGCCAGCGUCGCUCUGCCCGACCUCACCAGCGUCUCAGUCAGCACGCAGAACGAUGGCUUCUUUGCUCUUAAACUCAAAGAGGGCUCAGCAUCAGCUGUCAAAGGAGACUUCUUACUCAGCAGCGAGCACUUGAUCGAGACUAUCACUAAACUCCACCACAUCGGUUCCACUGCUUCCGACGACGGGGAGCAGCUCAAUGUCGACAUCACGGACGAGUUUCUGGUACAAUUCAAGCAGGACAAAGUCUGCGUCAAGUUCAUCCAGGGAGCCCCCAAAAACGGCAACGGCGUGUCCUGCAAGCGCAAAAACAACCGCCUGCUGGAGGUGUCGGUCCCCGCCUCAGCAUAGUGAAAAAAACUUUUUUACCCCCAGAGUGCUCAGAUUGUUCUAAUUCCAGACAGAAGUGAGCACCAUCACCUUGCAGAAUUACAGUGCAGUUAUUUAACUAUUUUUCUUGCCCGUGACUAUUACUGCAGCUUUUUUUUUUUUUUACCCCUUUUUGCGGCAAAGAAAGCCCUGAGUUGGGUUGCGAGACAGAGUAACUUGAUGAAAUGUUCCAAUGAUGUACCUUGCUAAAGGAUUGUAAUCAUUUGAUAUUUCUUUCCUUUUUGCAGCAAAGAAAAAACUUGUUUAUGGUGAGAGUCAUUAACAUUUGCAAAAAACCUUUAAGCAACAGUGCAGUCAUCUUGAUAUUUUUCUUCAUUUUAGUGAAAGUUACUAAGGCAUCACUUAUAUGUGUAACUUUUAAAGCCACUUUUUGUUGCGACGAAAGCCUUGAAUUGGGUUGCGUGCUACAGAAAUGUGGGGAAAAACUUUUAGAAGUGCAAGAAAUGUAAAAUGGCAGUACAGUUAUUUGGAUAUUUUCUGAAGUUUGGUGAAAGUUACUCAGGCAUUACUAUAUUUGUGGUAACUUGUGUGCCACUUUUUGCUGUAACAAAAGCCUUGAAUGAGUGUUGCAUGCAACAGAAACCUGAUAAAACUUGUUUGUGUAUUUAAUAGAUGCAGGGUAGCUAACUUUUUCCAGCAAAAAAGGCCUUACUUUUUAGGCCUCAUAAAUGUGCUUUCAGUGAUGUCGAAAGAUGAGAAAAUACUGGUGGUCCAACCUGAGGUUUUUUGGGGGGGUUUUUUGCAAGUGUUGGUGCUCACUCUACCUGGAUACCGACUUUAUUCUCCUUGGACGGCGAUAAGAUAAGACUGUCCAAGCUCCGACUGGCCCUGACUUGUCUGUUUUUAAGCCGCUUCGUCUUAAAACGCACGAUGACUUGUGGGAGCUGUCGGGUCAAGAACUUUAAAUACUGCACUUGCUUUUAUACUUUGGUAAAACCAAAAAAAAAAAAACUAAACAAAAAACUAGGAGGAACAGAAAAAAGAAUUUGAUUGUAAGCUGUAUUUUUCUUAAUGGUUUCUCUAAAAGGAAAAGGCACAGUGUGCUGUUUGAAUUGUGAGAUUAUUGUAAAAGUUUUUUUUUUCCUUCAACCCAUAAUUCCGACGUGCCAAUGACUUGUUGCGUGUUGCAGAUACCAUCCCCUUAGUUAUUAUAAUGCCAAAAAAAUGUUCAGAAAUGGGGACCAUAUCCGCAUGCGGACGCUGCACACGUGAUCAAUUCCUUUUUCCUAUUAUAGCCAGUGUGUGAUCCAUGCCAAGCUUUAUUUAAUCCGCGACAAAACUUAAGCGAUGGUAAACUACCGAGAAACAUGAGACGGUACCUCAGCGCUCUGAGCUCGCUCGCUUCCCAUUCCAAGAUUUUCAGUUUGAUACUUCUUCCGUGUGCAAUAUUUGCUUUGUAUUAUUCGCUUUUUUUGUCGUUGUUUUACGCAGCUAAGCAGUUGUGCGUGCCGACGGGCGCGGCCUUAAGCUGUGUGGCCUUUGCAUGGACCCAUCAAGGGUCUCGCUAUCCUCGGUUGUGAAAUUUCAACUUUUUCAACUAUUGCUUUAGCAGAUUUGUUUUUGAGAAUGAGAAUGAGAAUGCUUUAUUUUGGACAUGAGAAAAUAAAAGUAAUAAACAAACAAACAAAACAAACAAACAAACAAAAAAUACAAACCAAUUAUAAUACUUGAGAUAACAGCAGCAAUA